AGUACCCCGCGGCCCCGACACCCCCUUCUUCCUUUGCACUCACCCUGAGGCCUCGUCUGGGAAGUGGCAAGGCCGGGCGGGGAGCACACGCUUGGCUAACCAGGCUCGGAGCCGCCGCGGCAGGAACGGUUGUGGUCGGUGGUCUCUUCUGGGAGCCCAACCCCCUCCUGCCCAUGGGGUCAGAACGGGUGGAGAUGCGGAAGCGGCAGACGCCUGCCACACCGGAGACGCCAGGCUCCGCCCUGGGCCCGCUGGGAACCGGCAACCGGGGGUCCAACGCGUGCUGCUUCUGCUGGUGCUGCUGUUGCAGCUGCUCCUGUCUCACUGUCAGGAACCAAGAAGAGCAGAGAGCCACAGGAGCGUCCCAUGAGCUCAGAACAGACUUCCCGAUCUGUGAAGAAAGCCCGACCCCCACUCUGGAAGAAGUCAGCGCCUGGGCCCAGUCCUUCGACAAGCUGAUGAUCACUCCUGCGGGAAGAAACGCUUUCCGCGAAUUCCUGCGGACAGAGUUCAGUGAGGAAAACAUGCUUUUCUGGAUGGCCUGUGAGGAGCUGAAAAAGGAAGCUAAUAAAAACAUCAUUGAGGAGAAGGCAAGGAUCAUCUACGAGGAUUACAUCUCCAUUCUUUCUCCCAAAGAGGUCAGCUUAGACUCCGGGGUCAGAGAAAUCAUCAACAGAAACAUGCUGGAGCCUUCCCAGCACAUCUUCGACGACGCCCAGCUUCAGAUCUACACGCUCAUGCACAGGGACUCGUACCCCCGCUUCAUGAACUCUGCGCUCUACAAGGACUUACUUCAGUCCUUGUCUGAGAAGUCGGCUGAGGCGUAGGAUUUGUCACAUAUAUUUAUUAUUCAUGAAAUAAUCAAAGAACUCUGGACUACGUCUAGCACAGGGGAUUUAGAGGUAGUAACACCGUCUGCUGGAGAAAUACUUGGGCUAUUUUAACAACAGGUGUAUCCCUCCAGAGGGCUGGCUACCGAGCCACAAUGUAAAUUACAGCCACCUUUAGUGGUAUUUCGAGAAACAUGGGCUGACUGUUUUAGAAAGGUAGUAUGUUUACAUUUACAGUCGCAGUAGCAUGCCCUCCAUGGCACAGGAGACGAGAAGACUCCACCCCGCCUGGAGCACAUAUCCGUGGGAGCAAACCGCCCCACCUUUGUUUUGCAUGGGUUCAGUAAUGGACUGCCGAGUCUCCCCUCAAAGAAAAGAUAUUCGAGUGUUUCUCAGCUACCCCUUCCUGCCAUCAUGCUUGGUUUGAAUACUUCACUUAGUGCCAUUACACGGCCCAAAUCACAUCUUGUAAAGAUGGGACCACUACUUGUGAAAAUGGUAUCCCGCUUGAUCGUGGUGUCUGUACGUAUGCAGAUGCAUAAAUGUGCGAGUAUAUCUACACAUUGUUACGUAAAAUGCCAUGUCUUGAGCUCAGUCUCAGAUGUCUGGUAAGAGGAGCAAUGCUUAGAGAAUUUUCCUGCCGAGAAGAGUAACUGUUAUUUUAUUUUCAAGGUUUGCCAACCUGAAUUAUUCACAAUUUGAUCAUGUUCACAACAAAACUUUCAAGUAAGCAUAUUUACAUUUUUAUUAUUCAAAGAAACAUGGGCAUUUUCACUCCUAAAAAAAAAAAUAAAGCACAAGAAUUUUAUCUCAAUCUUUCAUUUUUUUUAUUAGUUAAGUUUUCAGGAAUUACGAGAUUAUGUUAACUAGCAAUACACGUAACCUAUCUUUUCACUCCCAGACUAGGACUCUGUCUUAAGAUGCCACUAUUUUUAUCUUAGUAAAUGGAAUCACUUCUUAGCUAGCACGUAAAAAAUACUAAGUUGGAGACCUAAACUAUCUUGGAAUAAACAUCCCUACAAUGAAUAGGAAAGGCAUACAAAAUCUGGAAUGAUUAGAGUAGCAAAUUAGAAAAUUGGCAAAAGGCCAGCACCAUGAUUAGCCACCUGCUGGUCCCUUCCAAAGUAAAAUUUAAUUUUGUGAGAUGGUUGUUGUUCAUUAUGAAAAAUGUGUACAUAAACAUAUACAUUUCAAAAUAGUCUAAACAUCUAAAAAUGUUUGAACAAGGAUGCUACCUAUUUUUGCAAUUUCAGAUAAGUUUUCCUAAUCAAAACAUAAAAUUCAGAAGCCGUAAAAGAAAAUACUGGGACCAGCAGUUAGCGUAA